AUGGAUGUCGUCAAAGAAUCAGCCAGUAAGUUACGACAACAGCAGUUGCCAGCAUGGCAACCUAUUCUCACAGCAUCGACCGUCAUUCCAACUGUCAUCGGAAUUGGAGUCAUCUUUAUUCCCAUAGGUGUUGCAUUAUAUCUGGCGUCUGAAGGAGUGAAUGAGUACGUGCUCGAUUACACGAAUUGCGCCAUUGAUAGUCAAUGUACUCUGACAUUUAACGUCACCAAAGACAUGCAGGGUGAUGUUUAUUUUUACUACUAUUUGGAAAACUAUUUUCAAAAUCAUCGGCGCUAUGUGAAGAGCAGAAACGACAAGCAGUACCUUGGAAAUCUUAUGGAGGUUUCUGACUGUGAGCCAUUUGCUUAUGAUGACAACAAGGUUCCGAUAGCUCCAUGUGGUGCAAUAGCCAACUCAAAAUUCAAUGAUACGUACGACCUCAUCUAUAUUGAAAAAGGCUCGAGGAUAGCUGUACCGGUAACGAAAGAUGGGGUUCUUUGGGAUGUUGACAAGAACAAGAAGUUCAAGAAUCCUCCUAUUCCGGCGGGUGGUACACUUUGUGACGCGUUCAAGGGAACAGUCAAGCCUCCAAAUUGGAAAGUCGAGCCGUGUAUGGAAGAUGGUUUCGAAAACGUGGACCUAAUUGUAUGGAUGCGUACGGCUGCGCUUCCGAAUUUCCGCAAACUCUGGAGGCUGUUGGAUCGUACGAGCGAGAAUCCUUUGGCUGGAGGACGUUUCCGUGAAGGCUUACCAGCGGGCCAGUACCAAGUUACUGUGCACUCCAAUUAUCCAGUGGCGGUUUUCGGUGGACGAAAAUCUUUUGUACUCAGUACAACGAGUUGGGCCGGUGCCAAAAAUUCUUUCCUUGGAAUCGCUUAUAUGGUGGUUGGAUCGCUCUCGAUCGUCCUUGGUGUCAUUUUCAUUGGAAUUCAUAUCAAAUUUGGCCACUCCGUGAACGAGUUGAGCCAAGUUGGCUCUGCACACUAG